UACAGGGAAGCUACCGGUCAGGCUUGCCUUUGGAGCCUCGCCCUUUCCCCUAGAAUAGAGGAGACUCCCAGCCCCAAGGCCUCAUCAACACCUACCAGACUAACACAAAGCCUUUCUUAGCAGGUGCAUCCGAGUUAGCUCUCCCCCUCCGUCUCCUGAGGUGCUCAUGGCGUCGAGCUCGAACCCGGUCGGCAUGGACAUGGACCCGCCCGUCCUCUCCAUCGCCGUCGAGCACAGCCCGCCGGAGUCGCGCCUGGUUCAGCUCGGCGUAAGGUCCUGGCCAAAGUGGGGCUGCCCGACGGGGAAGUUCCCGUUGAAGUUCGACGCGAGGCAGACGUGCUACCUGGUGAAGGGCAAGGUGAAGGCGCAUAUCAAGGGGUCGUCCGAGUGCGUGGAGUUCGGCGCCGGCGACCUCGUCGUCUUCCCCAAGGGGCUCAGCUGCACCUGGGACGUCGUCGCCGCCGUCGAUAAGUACUACAAGUUCGAUUCGUCUUGACUUUGCCGGGUUUGCGAUGACUAAUUGGCUUCCUGAUUACCACUCCUAGAUUGGUGACUGUGUUAGCCUCAUUCUCAACUAGCUAAUUUGCUAGACAUAUCCGUCUCUAUUGGCUUCGUUGUGCGUAGGGAAAAAAGGGUGGAAGUGAGGUGAGGGGCAUCUAGCCCCCCCUGUGUAGGUUCCUAGUUAUUCAGUUGCCCUCUAAAACCGGUCAAUGCAGUGGCCGUUCAAAGUAUUCAUAUUUAUUGCCCUGAGUGCAGUGCAAAUCCGUUUUGAA